GGUGGGCUGAUUUAUACAUACAUAUAUCUCAUCUGGCAACAGCUGUUUACUUUUGUAGACACAAUUUGUGAACAUUAAUAAAAGUGUUUUUUAAACAUGAAUUUAAUCAGCGGUAUUAAAUUGUAUAUUGAGAAAAUGUGCUCAGAGUCUGGGCCGGGCAUGAAAAUUCUGCUGCUCGACAAGGAGACGACAAGCAUUAUAUCCAUGGCUUUCAGUCAGUCCGACAUGUUACAGCGCGAAGUGUAUCUAUUCGAACGCUUGGACUCUGGACGAUCGAAUGAGCGUUUAAAGUACCUAAAGUGUAUUGUUUUCAUACGCCCCACAAAGCAAAACAUUCAGCUGCUCGCCACCGAGCUCCGAAAUCCUAAAUAUAGCGCCUAUUUUAUAUAUUUUAGUAACAUUAUACCACGGACGGAUAUCAAAUACUUGGCUGAAUGCGAUGAAUCGGAGUCUGUGCGUGAGGUCAAGGAAUUGUAUGCGGACUAUCUGUGCGUGAAUCCCAAUUUGUUUUCACUAAGCCUGCCUAACUGCAUGACGAACCUCAAUUGGCUGCCCGAUGCAUUAACCCGCAGUGUGCAAGGCAUAACGGCCGUGUUGCUCUCGCUUAAGCUUAAUCCAGUUAUACGCUAUCGCGCUGGCUCGCAAGUAGCUCAGCUGCUGGCCAAGUUGAUUUAUGAUCAAACUACGAAGGAGUCGGCAUUGUUUGACUUCCGCAGCAAUGUAGACGGCGCUGCACCGCCCCUGCUGUUGUUGCUGGAUCGCAGAGAUGAUCCGGUGACGCCAUUGCUGCAUCAGUGGUCAUAUCAAGCAAUGGUGCAUGAGCUGCUACAAAUACGCAAUAAUCGUGUAGAUCUAUCAGAGCGUCCCAAUGUGCCUAAGGAGUUUAAGGAAGUGGUGCUAUCCGGCGAUCAAGACGAGUUCUAUGGCAGCAACAUGUAUGCAAAUUAUGGUGAAAUUGGGUCCACCAUCAAGCAGUUAAUGGACGAGUUUCAGCGCAAGGCCAACGAUCAUAAAAAAGUGGAGAGCAUAGCUGACAUGAAAAACUUUAUAGAGUCCUAUCCGCAGUUUAAGAAAAUGUCUGGCACUGUGCAAAAGCAUCUGUGCGUCAUUGGUGAAUUAUCUGGCUUGACAACUAAGCGUAAUUUGUUUGAGGUUUCCGAACUGGAGCAGGAGAUUGCGUGCAAGGCCGAGCACUCUGCGCAGCUGCAACGCAUCAAGAAGCUCAUUGCCGAUGAACGUGUCAGCAUUGAUGACGCUGUCAAGCUAGUUACACUCUAUGCUUUGCGUUAUGAGCGCCAUGCAAACUGCGAUACUUCUGGAUUGCUUCAGAUCAUCAAGAUGCGUGGGGGCAACACACAGAUUGUGCCUGCGCUAAUCGAAUACGCGGGCACGCAUGUGCGUCAGGGUGAUCUGUUCAAUAUGGUGCGCAUCACAGAUGCCGUUAAGUUGACACGUCAUCUUAUCAAAGGCCUUAAGGGUGUGGAAAAUGUGUUUACACAACACACGCCGCUACUUAAAGAAACGCUCGAUGAUAUCUUCAAGGGACGUGACCUCGAACCGCAGUAUCCAGCAAUUAACUCGGAGCUGGUACCAUUCCGUCGCCCACCACAAGAACUAGUGGUCUUUAUAAUUGGUGGCGCUACCUAUGAAGAAGCGCUCACAGUGCAUCAGCUCAACAAUGCGGGACAUAAAGUCAUACUCGGUGGCACCACUAUACACAACUCGCAGAGCUUUAUCAGCGAGGCGCUAAUGGCUACAACCGGCACACAAUUUAAACAUACGAAAUCCAUGCUUAAGUAUUGUAAUCCAGAUAAUCUUUAAGAACAAACAGCAUUCCUUAUAAACCACAACUAAACUAUUGUUAACUAUUUAUGUAUGCAUGUA